CGUAACUGAUAAACUAACCUUAGCUUUGUAAUCUGCGACACUGGCAGAAUAAAUGGCUGCCAUCUUCAGCCUGUCUAUCAGAUAGCUAGUAACACUCAUUAAGCCAUCCACCGCUCAAGCACUUGACGAUACUCUUCUUCAAAAGCGAUUAAAUAGCUAGCUAGCUACCUAGAUUGGUUAUCAAGAUAGCUAGCUAACUUUUUCAAUGUACAGGGAACUAGACAGUCAGCCUGGCUAGCCUUAUAGGUAGCUAGCUAGCUAGCUAACGUGUUGCGUCCUACCCAAGCUAGCGAACUUUUUUUUUGCUUCUGGAACAUAGAUGAUAAUGUCCCAGUGGAUAUGCUGUAACUCGUGUUUCAAGUCUCCAGGACCUGACCGUCAACUAGCUGUAACAAGUUGUGGUCACGUUAUAUGCAACAUUUGCUUUCAAACAGGAAAGAAAGGCGAAUGUCUGAUCUGCAAAGCAAAAUGUCAACUGUUUCCACUCUCAGACAAAAGCAGCUCAGAUGUCAAGGCACUUUUCUCAGAUAUAGGCACUACUGCAAACAGAUACUUCUUAGAGAUAAGCAAGGUCUUACAGUUCCAGGCAAGACACCAGAAAAGGCUGCUAUCUUAUUAUCAAGAGAGGAAUGAAAAAAUGAAUGAGGCUGUUAUCAAAAUGCAACAAGAGAUGCAACAAAUGUCAAAAAAAAUUGCAGAGAAGAAUGCUUAUAUAUCAAAGUUAGAAGUAGCUCUUAAGCAAAGUUCAAGAUUGGGAUCACAGUCUAACAAGGAUUUCCAUGCAUCAAGCAAUUUAAAACCAGUGCCUUUUUCCUCACCAGUGUCCUCCGUGACAAAAAUUUCCUACUCCUCCCCAGUGUCUCUGUCCCACCAUUUAUCCACCACAAGUCUAAUUGAAAACAUGGAAACUGAAAGAGGAUUUCCCCCUAAACCAGAAAUUUCUGGAAGUGUUUCAAGACUUUGUGUCAUCAGCCCACCACAAGAUGGCCGGAUAGGCACAGUUCAGCACAGAGCAGCAAACCCAGCCACUAUGGGUAUCCACUUAGUUCGAAGUGCCACUGUCAGUAGGCAGUCCCCCAGCAUCCUAAGGGAGCCUGCACUGCCCUUGUCCAGCAAUGUUCCCUACCACAGAAACUCUUCAUGGGAAAUGCCUGCAUUCAAACUGCUUCCAGCUUACAAAUACCCCUCCAUGUCAUGUCUGGGACUUCCGCCAUGAUAUAUUGUAACAGCAAUCUAAAAAUGUUACCAGCAGCUAUGGAACUGGAGAGCUAUUUUUGUGUAGCUUCACCAUGACGCUAUGCUGAGAGCACAACAUAUCUUGCAAUGCAAGGCAUGAUGUUCAGCUUAUAGCUAGCCUCCAUGUAGACAACCAUCUGCAAGUGAAUAGACACAUGCAUAUGUUUGCUUAAUCAAAACAAACAGAACAAUUUGUAACUUACCCUCUGCUGAUGCCGCAAUGCUUUUUGAUUAACUAGUGCUCUGGGGUAUGAAAUAAUAGCCUUUCUGUGUUUGGUCUUGGGUACGCAAAUGUCUGUUUGCCGUAAUCAAUUGCAGACCUGGCAUGAGUGGGCUGUGAAUGUGAAUUUUAAUGUGCUGCACUGUGAUUCACUGUGUGUCAGCUGCACCUGUGGAUCUGCAUAGACAGUAUGUUUUACUUCUUAAAGUCAUAAAAUGCCACAUCAAUGAAUGGUUUGAACUGUGUUGCACAUUAAUAAUAUGGGAUUUGACUUAUUAAAGUAAUUUUAAGACA